AUUGCCCGAGUCGCGCUGCCGUCGACACGCAAACGCGCUGUAACUUUUGUAAUGAAACUCGGUCUCGUUCCGUGUUUCGUACGUUAAAGUGAUUGAUAGAAGUGACGAAUUACUGGUGUAAAAGUGUGUGGUUAUGUGGCGGCGAGUGAUAUGACAGCGUGCGCCGCCAGACGGACCCCGGCCGUCUUCAUGAGGAUACUGGUGACAAGCCUGGCCCCGAGAUCAUGGUGGCUCCCGAUUCCGAGGCUCCUGCGAAUCCUCGGAUAGCGGCCGCCGCGCACGAGAGCCCCUCCGCAGCCGAGGCGCGCCACAGCGCCGACCUGUACAUUCGCACCAGCUGGGUGGACGCAGCCUUAGCACUCUCCGAACUUGAAAAGGGUAACAUCGAGGGUGGGCGCACGUCGCUGUGGAUCCGAGCGUGGCUCCAGGAACAGCUGUUCAUAUUAGGCUGUUUUCUGCAAGGUGACGCGGGCAAAGUUCUAUUUGUCGCGAUACUCGUGCUCUCCACGUUCUGCGUCGGUUUGAAAUCUGCGCAGAUACACUCGAGAGUCGACCAACUCUGGGUUCAAGAGGGUGGUCGGUUAGAAGCCGAAUUAAAAUAUACCGCAAAGGCACUUGGAGAAGCUGACUCCUCAACACACCAGCUCAUCAUUCAAACUGCUAAAGAUCCUGACGUAUCGUUAUUGCACGCAGGCGCGUUGCUCGAACACCUAAAGGUGGUCCAGGCAGCAACUCGCGUCAAGGUGCAUAUGUACGAUAUAGAGUGGAGGCUAAAGGACCUGUGCUAUAGCCCCAGCAUACCAGACUUCGAAGCUUACCACAUAGAGAAGAUCAUCGACAAUAUCAUUCCAUGCGCGAUCAUUACGCCGCUCGACUGUUUCUGGGAGGGAUCCAAGUUAUUAGGACCUGAUUAUCCCAUUUUUGUACCUGGACUACAAAACAAAUUACAAUGGACUCAAUUACAUCCACAAGAGGUUCUAGAAGAAGUAAGGAAGCUGAGGUUCCAGUUUCCGUUCAGCACGAUGGAAGCUUACAUGAAGAGGGCAGGUAUCACCUCCGCCUACAUGAAGAAGCCGUGCCUCGACCCCACCGAUGCCCACUGUCCAGACACGGCACCCAACAAGAAGUCAGGCAAUAUUCCAGACGUAGCGGCGGAACUGUCCCACGGGUGCUACGGUUUCGCAGCAGCAUACAUGCAGUGGCCGGAGCAGCUGAUAGUAGGUGGAGCCACCAGGAACUCCACGUCAGCGCUGAGGAGUGCGAAAGCGUUACAAACGGUGGUGCAACUGAUGGGCGAGCGAGAGAUGUACGAGUACUGGGCAGACAACUACAAGGUGCACCAUGUUGGAUGGACGCAAGAGAAGGCCGCUGCAGUGUUAGACUCGUGGCAGAGGAAGUUUGCUGCUGAGGUGCGAAGGAUGACAGUGACAGAGUCGGUGUCGCCGUCGUACAGUUUCUACCCAUUCUCUACGUCAACACUUAACGACAUACUCGGCAAAUUCUCCGAACUGUCGUUAAAAAAUAUUAUGUUAGGAUACAUGUUCAUGUUAAUUUAUGUAGCAGUAACACUAAUGCAGUGGCGUGACCCAGUCCGCUCGCAGGCCGGUGUGGGUAUAGCAGGGGUGCUACUGCUUUCAAUUACUGUCGCAGCCGGGUUAGGCUUUUGUGCUUUAUUAGGCAUACCUUUCAAUGCAACAAGUACGCAGAUAGUACCGUUCCUGGCGCUAGGGUUGGGCGUGCAGGACAUGUUCCUUCUCACUCACACGUACGUGGAGCAAGCGGGAGACGUGCCGCGCGAGGAACGGACUGGCCUGGUGCUCAAGAAGAGUGGCCUCAGCGUGCUGCUGGCCUCGCUCUGCAACGUCAUGGCCUUCCUAGCUGCGGCCUUACUACCAAUUCCUGCCCUGCGUAGUUUUUGUUUACAAGCGGCCAUCCUUCUCCUCUUCAACGUUGGCUCAAUGUUACUGGUGUUCCCCGCUAUGAUCUCUCUGGACCUUCGGCGGAGAUCAGCAGCUAGGGCUGACCUAUUGUGCUGCCUGACUCCUGAGAGCCCCGUGCCCAAGCGUCCGAGAAAGAUCGCUGAUCGGUCCAGGAGUAAGAGUGGAAAGACUGAAAAGACUGCUUGGAAAGAUACCACGAAACAACCGUUGGAUCCCGAGGAUCUAGGUGACCAAUCGAAAGUGACGUGCUGCUUGAGUCUGUCGCUUACCAAGUGGGCGAAGAACCAAUACGCACCAUUUAUCAUGCGACCUUCUAUUAAGGUCACAUCUAUGCUAGCGUUGAUUGCAGUAAUAUUGGCAAGUGUAUGGGGAGCUACGAAAGUCAAAGACGGUCUAGACCUUACAGACAUUGUGCCAGAGAAUACGGACGAACAUGAAUUCCUUUACCGACAGGAAAAAUAUUUCGGCUUCUACAGCAUGUACGCAGUCACUCAAGGAGACUUCGAAUAUCCCACCAACCAGAAACUACUUUACGAAUACCAUGAUCAGUUCGUUAGGAUACCCAAUAUAAUCAAGAACGACAAUGGCGGCCUUACGAAAUUCUGGCUGAGCCUUUUCAGAGACUGGCUACUGGAUUUACAAGCAGCUUAUGACAAGGAAGUUGAAAGUGGAUGCAUAACACAGGAGUACUGGUGUAAAAACGCAAGCGACGAGGGCAUAUUGGCGUACAAACUGAUGGUGCAGACUGGACAUGUGGACAAUCCCAUCGACAAAUCUCUAAUUACGACUGACACGAAAAACGGUCAUAGAUUGGUAGAUAAGGACGGUAUAAUUAAUCCAAAAGCAUUCUAUAAUUACCUAUCAGCGUGGGCUACGAAUGAUGCUCUUGCAUAUGGUGCUUCACAAGGAAACUUGAAGCCACAGCCCAAGAGAUGGACACAUUCGUCGGGAGACACAGAGCUCAAGAUACCGAAGUCAUCGCCCCUUAUCUACACGCAGCUACCGUUCUACUUAUCAGGUUUGACUGACACAGAGAGCAUAAAAAACCUGAUAAUGUCUGUACGGGAUCUGUGUUUAAAGUUCGAAGCGAAGGGAUUGUCCAAUUUCCCGUCUGGUAUUCCUUUCCUAUUUUGGGAGCAGUAUUUGUAUUUGAGAACAUCACUGCUCCUGGCCCUCGCUUGUGCUUUAGCUGCUGUUUUUGUGGCUGUAAUGGUACUCCUGCUGAACUUCUGGGCAGCAGUGCUGGUUACGUUGGCUCUAGCGACGUUGGUGCUGCAGUUGUUGGGCGUGAUGGCACUUCUGGGAUUCAAAUUGUCUGCAGUGCCAGCUGUUCUACUAGUCCUUGCUAUAGGCAGGGGCGUCCACUUUACUGUUCAUUUGUGUUUGGCCUUCGUAACUUCAAUUGGUUGCAAGCGACGACGAGCAUCUUUAGCUCUUGAGUCAGUGUUAGCUCCAGUAGUACAUGGCACGAUAGCUGCAGCUCUUGCAGCUUCCAUGCUGGCCACCAGUGAGUUUGGAUUUGUGGCGAGACUGUUCUUAAGACUUCUGCUAGCGCUGGUACUACUCGGCUUGAUAGACGGAUUGCUAUUCUUCCCAAUCGUGCUAGCUAUUUUGGGACCAAAUGCUGAGGUUCGGCCACUAGAAUACCCCGAAAGACUAUCAACUCCAUCACCGAAGAGCUCCCCAGUGCAUCCUCGUAAAUCUAGUUCGAAUUCUGGAGGUAGCGAUAAGGGAAGCCGAGGAGGAAAGUCUGCGCCGAGACCAUCGGCUCCUUCACUAACGACCAUUACUGAGGAACCACCCAGCUGGCACUCCUCCGCUCCCUCUGUACAGUCCUCCAUGCAGUCCAUCGUCGUACAACCCGAAGUGGUUGUAGAAACUACUACUUACAAUGGCAGUGACUCAGCCUCAGGACGAUCGACGCCGACUUCGAAGACUCCUCAUUCGGGCGCUAUCACUACUAAGGUAACUGCGACAGCAAAUAUAAAAGUCGAAGUAGUGACACCGAGCGACAGGAAAUCAAGAAGAUCGUAUCACUACUACGACCGACGCAGGGACCGCGACGACGACAGGGAGAGAGAUAGAGACAGAGAAAGAGACCGGGAUCGGGAUCGAGAUCGGGAUAGAGAUAGAGAUCGAGAGCGAGAUCGAGACAGGGAUAGAGAUAGGUCGAGAGAACGAGAUCGCAGGGAUCGAUUUAGAGACGAACGAGACCACCGAGCUUCACCUAGAGAAAACGGCCGCGACUCCGGCCACGAAAGUGACUCAUCACGACAUUGAAGACACGCGCGUGCCCGCUGUGUGUCCUGUACAAAGAGCCACAUCGUGUCAACACGCUGUGAAGAUAUAUUUGCUUGAAUGCAACUAAUUAUAUACUGUAUUUAAUGAUCUGAUCGAUGAAUCUGACAUCUUUACCUGAGUUUAUCUCUUAUAAGCUGAGCAAUCGUACGUAAAACAUGUUUUAAGGUUGGCAAUACCGCUUAUAAUCAGUACCUUAAGACAGUAUUACGAGAGUUGUAUUUUUAAGUUAACUCUUUAUAUGGAUAUAGUGGAGGCUAUAUUGUAAUUCGGUACAUGAUGGAAGUGCUAAUAUCUAACGUCCAGGUUGUGUGCAGCUAUUCGUAAAUAGUGUGCGUGCAGGACGGUACUGAAAUCAUUCCAUAGCACGGCACUGACGUCACUGUACUGGGGCCCAGUACAGGCACGCUCCAGUGUUGCCAGCUAGUGAAUUCUUUACUGUAUAAAAACCAAAUAUCAUUUGUAGACGUCAUAUCUAUUACAUUUGUUUGUGUGUUCCUAUUUUAAAGACAUUUCCAUUUGUCUCCAAACUCUUUAUUACGUUUAUACUUCUAAAGACUGUGGUCAAAUAUUAUUAAUUUAUAAUAAUUAUUAUUUAUUUGUAUGUCUAUAAUUAUUCUGUCACCAGGAAAAUCUGUGGGAAAUCUCAGAUGAAUUGUACAAAUUAUUUAGGUAGUUGUAACUAUAGGCUAGACGGCUAUUUAUGAGAUUACUUAGUUAUGUGUUAUACCUACACUGUAUUGUUGUGAUCUUUAGGUAAACUUAGUAACUGUGAAGACUGCAUUUAAAGAUCAAAACACAGUAUUGUGUGAAUAUAGGGAGGCGAGGCGUCGGCCGCGGCCCGAGCGCCGACACCCACACUGACCUCACGUUAUGAUCGGCGAGUUACGUUGUAACGAUUUGUGCAAAGUACUUAGUAGCAUAUAUUAAUUUAUACGUACCUAUAUAACUUAAUGAUAUUCUGUAAAUAUAGUCGUAGCAGUAGCAAGUAACUGUGCUCGUAGCAAGCGCCCCCGUGCGGCAGCUGUGUACAUCUGUAUCAUUUAUUUUUAUACAAUUUUAACUGACAUAUUGUCGAAAAACUGUAGGUUGUAGCUGAGAUGAAAACGUUUAUUAACUUUGUAGGUUUUUAAAAAAUUAACAAAUUAAAUUCGGGGACAUAUUAUUAUUUUGACAGUGUUCAUUAAUUAUCAUGUAGCAUUUAUUUACACUGACAAUUUAGCUUGCGUUUGCAAUGUUUUAAAAUUCCAAGUUCUUGAGUCAUAUUUUUAUAUCAAAUUAAAAAAAAGUGUGAAAUGUACGGUCAACCGCACAUUACUGGUAACAUUUUGGUACCAAAAGUGCCUUAUUGUAACUGUACGAAUAAAGUCUAAUAAAUAUCUACCAACGAUGUGUGUUUGACUGUACAUGAAAUAGAAAAGUACAAUUUUUGUAUUAGGAAGCGUCCUAAAAUAAUUAAUUUACAAUAAAUAAAACAUGGGAAUUGUUUAAAAUAUUUGUUCUUCAUUUUGCCACUCUGUGACGAUAAUAAAACUGUUAUAGUUAAAAACAAGGUUAAUGUCGACUGUAAUGAAAAAAUAAAAAUACUUUUAAACUGUA